AUGGACGCAUCAAACGCGAGUCCAUCGUUGAGUUUCGUAUGUGUUUACGAUCAAGUUAUUUUCGCAAUUUGCGAAGCAAAUGUCAAAACAUUUGCGUGAAUUACCGGCUAUAUAGCGUAGUCACAUCCAUCUCAUCGUAGCCAUCUCUCGAAAGCUCAUUUGCACUGAAAUCGGAGAUACGAUAAGAUUGCUCGUCGAGCAAGCUCCGUAAUACAAGAUGGCAUUGCCACCGAAUUACAAACAAGUCGCAAUGGCUACGUCAAACAUCGUAGCCUCCAAUCAACGUAUAAGAGCAUCCGGUGGGAGUUCAAGUAGUUCAACAAACAGUAAAGAUACGCAGAGUCCAUUUGUACAAACUCCUCAUAGCCAUCCAGGAUUUAUACCACAGAAGGUUGGAAAGAAUACCAAUGCUGACUCUCGUAUGCCAAAACCACCUAAACCACCAGAGAAACCUCUUAUGCCGUAUAUGAGAUAUAGCAGAAAGGUAUGGGAUCAAGUAAAGGCUCAGAACCCUGAAUUAAAAUUAUGGGAAAUAGGUAAAAUUAUUGGACAAAUGUGGAGAGAUUUGCCAGAAGAAGAUAAAACAGAAUUUAUUGAGGAAUAUGAAGCCGAGAAGGUGGAAUAUGAAAAAAGCUUAAAGACUUAUCACAAUUCGCCUGCAUACUUGGCUUAUAUUGCAGCAAAAAAUCGUGGAAAGUCUGCGUUGUGUGCAGCACAACAAAGCAAUGAUGAUCGAGAAAGUCAUGAACGUUCGUCAGGCAGCAGUAAAAGUCAAGCGGCUCAGGAUAGAAGGAUUGAUAUUUUACCAGCAGAAGAUGAUGAUGAUCAAGAUGAUGGAUACUCUGUGAAACAUGUGGCAUAUUCGCGUUAUACUAGAAAUCAUCGACUUAUUAAUGAGAUCUUUAGUGAUACUGUUGUCCCAGAUGUUCGUUCUGUAGUCACUACUCAAAGAAUGCAGGUUUUACGACGUCAAGUACAAUCUUUAACAAUGCAUCAGAAAAAGCUUGAAGCCGAACUGCAACAAAUUGAAGAGAAAUUUGAGGCAAAAAAACGUAAAUUUAUAGAAACCAGUGAAAUAUUUCAAGAAGAAUUGAAAAAGCACUGUAAACCGGCAGUAGAUGAAGAAACAUUUAAUAAAAUGGUAGAACGGCAAUAUGAAGCUCUUAGACGGGAGAGAUUAAAAGGAACAGAAGAGAAUCGUUCGGAUGGACCGGCGUCUAGUGAAUCCACUCCAAACUCUACUCCGACUCCGACUCCUGCGUCACUUAACGACGAUGCCCAACCUGAUGUUUCUGACAAUGAUUCAAUCGAGAAGAAACCCGGUAGCAUUGAUAAACCUAAUAUUGAAAUGAACAAGAAGAUGUCACCUCCGUACAUCGAAAAUAAGACCGAGGCACCGCCAGCUGUGCAAGCAAAUGCUAAUCAGCAACACACUGGACCUAACUCUGGAAUGUACUGCAAUAACGUAGUCAAUCCGAUUCAACAGCAUCCGCAUCAGCAACAAACGCAAACACCGCAGCAUCCACCGCCGCCACCGCUGCAACAUCAACCAUCGCCUCCUCAGCAACAGCAUCAGCCUUCUCCGAUGACGCAGCAGCAUCAACCACCGCCACUGCCGCCUCAGCAGCAUCAGCCGCUAUCCGUUUCACAACAUCAGGCGCCGCCGUCUCUGCAACCGCAGCCACCGCAACAACCACCGCAAUCGCAGCAACAACAAUCGUCAGCCCCACCAGUGCUGACGCCUCAACAACCAACUACAACAGCCACGGCAGCAGCGGCUGCAGUUGCGGCGGUAGUCGCAAGCGCAAACGCGACUGCGAAUUCCACUUCGGCAAAUAUGCCGCCGGUGUCCGCACCGUCGGUACCUAUCCAGCACAAUCCUCAUCAGCAGGGAAUGCUGGCAAAUCAUUCGAUGCCACCUCAUCAAGCGGCGCAAGGUACUCAGGGCACGCAGGUUCUGCCGCCGCAGGGUCCAAAUCCGCACACUCCGCAGAUGAUGCCACCCAAUCAAGCUUACGGCCAACAGCCGUAUCAAUCAGGACCUGGCCCUCAACAACCGCAGAAUGUUCCACUAGCUCCGAGGCCGCCGCAUCCCAGUUACAGCUAUUCCCAGCAACAACCAUAUCAUCAACCUUAUCCGCAAUAUGCUCAUCCAUAUUAUCAUCAACCAUACUCGCAGUACUCGCCCCAUCCGAUGGGCCGUCCCCAUGGUCAUGGUCCUCAUAGUCCGCACAGUCCACAUUAUCAUCCUCAAUCACCUCACACGGUUGUUCCUGAAAGCAACACUAAUACCAACGUCACUGGCGGCUCUGCAGCUUCCGCGGCUUCCGCAGCCGCUCCUGAGACUAAUAAUCCUACUUCAUAUUCUUCGCCAGGACACUGUGAGAGCGAGCGUUCCAAUUCGUCGGAGAAUCAAGAAGGUCAGGUAGAUACUAAAUCAGGAUCCACUUAAAUAUUGUU